AUGCACAAAGCAUGUGGCUUGAUUGAGCCCUUUCAAGAGGACCCGCAACUGCUGGACGCACACCUCAAAACUUUUAUCCCGCCACUCGUCGCUACUUACCUGGAGACGAUAUCGACGAGCAGCAGAGAAGAGCCCAAGCAAGGCUUUGUACCCCUCUCACACGCCAUAUGCUACAUUUUGAAUAUAUUCUGCAAGGUCCGCGGCGAAAAGGUCAUCAAAGGAUUCUUCAACAACGAGCCGCGCUAUCUCGAACCCAUCCUGGCAGAGCUCGAGGCCAGCAAAGAUGUGGCAGCCGACGGUCCCGAGGCUAUCCAACGCCAGGGCGACCGACCAUGGGUUCGUCGUUACAUGCUACUCCUCUGGCUUUCGCAGUUACUAUUAGCCCCCUUUCCUUUGGAAUCCAUGUCAGGACUGCAGUCGUCUGCAGACGCCUCGAUUGCUCCUGGACUGAAGCUGCCUGCCGAGUUGCCUGAGAUCACUCUCCGCGUUCUCUCGAUAUGCAUGUCCCAACUGCGAGCUCCGACGAAAGAGAAGAGCGCUGCUGCGAAACUGUUGGUCCGAGUUUGCGUGCGUCCCGACAUGCAGAAGCUGGGCUUACUCGACUCAAUGGUUCAGUGGUCUUUGUCCUUCUUCUCCCAGGUGAACGAGGAGCAAUUCGACAUACACCAAUGCCUUGGUGUAUUGGCGUUUGUCUCUGGACUUCUUGCGUCUGCUACCAACGAGGAGCUCGGUCCUUUCCUCGCUGCCGUCUACCAAUCUUGCCGAAAAGUACUGGACCAAGACAGUCUUUCCUUUGUCAAGUCAUCAGCUGUGGCGCGUAAACUAAUUGUGAAAAGCCUCCGUAAUAUUGUGAUACAUUGUCUACAGACGUCGUCUGUUAUACCCGGACUUGAUCCAACGACUGUUCUAGAAGAGGUCAUCGAAUUCCUUCUCGAGGCGCUUGCAGAUGGCGAUACUCCCGUCCGAUACGGGGCAAGCAAGGCACUCAGCAUCAUCACGCUCAAGCUCGACGCAGAAAUGGCCGACGAGGUCGUCGAGGCUAUCCUGGGCUCCCUCACCGAAAACGUCUACUGGCAGGGCUCCAAACGCAACCUGAGCAGCGUGAAUCCAUUGCGAUGGCACGGACUGACAUUGACUCUGUCCCAGCUACUAUACCGGAAAGCCGUCCAAGCAGACCACCUACCAAACGUGCUCAAUGCUCUUCUGCUUUCCCUAGGAUUCGAGCAACGAUCACCUACCGGCGGAUCCAUCGGUACAAACGUACGCGACGCAGCUUGCUUUGGCAUCUGGGCACUGUCACGACGCUAUCCUACAGCCGAUCUGUUGCUCGUCGACACAGCGUCGAUCCGGGCUUCAGAGCACCUCAAAACACUCAAUGUUCCCCAGGUCCUUGCCCUUGAGCUAGUCGUUGCCGCUUGUCUCGAUCCCGCAGGCAACAUCCGGCGAGGCUCGUCUGCAGCUCUGCAGGAACUCAUAGGCCGGCAUCCGAACACAAUCGAAGAGGGCAUACCGCUCGUGCAAAUGGUCGAUUUCCACGCUGUGGGUCUGCGCCAACGCGCAAUGUGUGACGUGGCCAUCAAAGCGGGCGACUUGAAUGCGCUGUACUGGGACGCGCUGUUUGAAGGCCUGCUCGACUGGCGCGGCACGGGAUCUCUAGACUCGGAAUCCCGCUUGUUUGCAGCAGAGGCGAUAGGCUCGUUGUCUAGGGGCCGGUCUACGCCUGUCGUGCAGAGAAUGUCGGAGCAGGUCCGCAGUGCUCUUUCGGCGCUGCGACCCAGACAGGUAGAGGAGCGGCAGGGUCUGGUCUCUGCUCUCGCGGCACUUGUGAAUACCACCAGAGCGUCACACUGCCAUGCCGAGGACGAGACCUUGUACGCCUCUCUUUCGGAUCUGUGGACACUAUUGUCAACCGACUUGAAGCUUGACGACAAGGCGUUUACGUCGCCCGCGCUACGGCCUCAAUUCACAGCAUCUUCCAUAUGCGCACUCAUUGGGGCAAUGGCCACCUUCACAAUUGAUUGUUUCAGUAGUGUCAUUCCAUCCAAGAUACCCACGGAGGAAACAUGUCGCCUCUUCAACCUGUGUCUUACCCGGCACGAGCCGCCGGUGCUAGAAGGCAUCGCAGACACUGCGCCGGCAGUCGUGCUCCUGCUGUCCAAGCUACCAGGCGCCAACACCAUAACCGUAGCAUCAUCAUGGCUCACACUGCUAGAAAACGAGGCUUCGUACAACGGGCUUCGGUGCUCAGGCCACGCAGUCGCUCUGGGAGCCGGGUAUGCCAAUCUGGGAGCUCUCCCGGCUGGUGCAGAGCGAGAAGACGUGCAGCGCCGCAUUAUCAAAGUGCUUACUUUCCGGUGCACCGCUGCUGUCGCCAUUGAGGCCCGCACCGUGGCGUUGCGGGCGCUGGGCGAUUUGCUCAGCAGCAAGGCCUCGAGAUCGUUCCUGGCUGCACAUGCAGAGACCCACGUGGGUCGUGCACUGCACAUUGCACUCAACGACUACACCAUCACGGAGCGAGGCGAUGUCGGGGCCCUGGUCCGCCUCGAGGCCCUGAAUACCGUGCAAUUAGCCUGGGCAUCCGCCGUCCUCAGCACGCAGCACGAACCCUGCGGUCCGGAAAUCUACGCAGAUGUAUUGCGGCUAUCGCUCGAGAAACUGGAUAAGAUGCGAGUGAAAGCUACACAGGUGCUUCGUAAGAAUACAUUCGAUCCCAGCGACGUCGAGCACGGCGUCUCCUCCAGAACAUACUUUUCCAACGCCCUCACAUACUUGCAGUCGCAUGCCAGCCCCAUCAUCAAGGAAUCCAUCUGCGUGGGCUUUGUCAGCUCCGCAGGCAUGGGCUCCGAGUCUGUAGUGCAGAAUUCCCGCAUGGCACUCCUGACGUUUAUCGAUGCACUACCUGACGAGACUGACGCCACCAGUACGCAGUAUUCUCUUUCCCAUCUUGCAACCUGCUUCCUGAAGCUGCUCAAAGACAAUCUCGACAAUGACAGGAUAUUGCUGCCGCUGCUCGAGGUGCUGGCUUUCCUAUUCGACAUGCAGGUUCUGCAGCGCCUGGCGUCGUCGUCGUCGUCGUUCAAGUAA